AUGGCGGAAUUUUGCUUUGAAACACAUUCUAAUGAUAAACCUGACCUUUUGUUUGGUGAUUUCACCGAAGAUGACUGGAUUGCCAUCGAUUUAGCAUGCGAAGAAGCUUACCGCAAGUUUCAACAAGAAAAUUCUAAUCGAACAAAAAAGCGUUUGCGGGAUGAAGAUAGCAAUCAUGGCUCAAUUCUGGAUGAUUCUUGGUCCGGUUGGGAACACGAAUUGGUAGCAGCUUGUGAAGCAGCUAAACCCAUUUUACAGUCCGACAAUAUUCCAAUUUACGAAGUAGAGAACGAGGACCAGAACGGUAGUGGCCUUUCACCGACGGAACCAUCAGCCAAGCGAACUCGUCUUGAAUGUCAAACGUGUGGUAAAACCUUCUCCCGUAAAGAUAACUUAAAACGACAUAUGAAGGUCCAUCAAAAAGAUCAGAAACAUCAAUGCRUGCGAUGUGGAAAGAAAUUCAGCCGUCGAGACUAUUUGGUAAAGCAUCAGAAAGUUCACGAGAAACAUGUUGUUGACCGUGAGUCUAAAUGUAACAACUGUGGACAAACAUUUAGUUCGGUUGGUGAAUUAAGGUCACAUCUAAAGUCAGCUCAUUUAUCAACUAAAGAAACACAGAAGGCCGAGAAACGAAAGCGAUCGCAAGGGGAUGAUCAAUCGAAAAACACUGAUUCCAAACGACGUAGAGUUAAUAGUUCUUCGGUCAAAGAAGGAGCCAGUUCACGUUGGCAGUCCGACCCUAUGUUUAUGCCACCCAAUGUCAUUAUCCCUAACGGUGACCAGCAAAUCCGCAAUAUGAUAAAUCAACACUGGAGUGAAAUUCGUACGAGACAGAGCCGCAGAAAUAGGUUACAAGAUUGGUUGCUAAAAAAGAAGAGUUCAAUCUCUGCUUAG